UCUGACGUCCCACGCCAGCCCCUCUAUUGCUCGUUCCUUUGCGACAUCCUCUACACGUUGGAAAUUUCCCGCGAUUGUCCACAAGUUUAAGGCAGGUUGAUUCCAAUGGCUACACGAUUAUCGUCAGACCGAUCGGUACCCACUAAACCGUGGACCUCCGGUCGUGUGUUGACCCCGGCGCAACGAGAGCGUAAGCGUUACAAGGACAGGGUAUCCAAACGAGAAAAGCAGGAAAAGGAAAAAGAGAGCCUAAAGAAUCUUCAAAGCCAAGUCACUGCACUACAUCUUUUACUGCAAUCUCAGACUCGACUCGAUCUAGGGUUACCGCCCGUGACCAUGUCUCCAGAAGACUCAUUGCCCCCAUCCGAUCUCCAUUCGUCCUUACACGAUGAGCCAUGCACAAUGUUGGCCUCACGACCAUCAGCUGCUCCUUUCGAUUCAGAAACAGUCGCCCCUUUCAGGAAAGCCCUAGGGACUUUGGGGAACGGACACUCGACCACCUGGCCAACCAUUUUCCCAUCGCUCCAGGAUAGCGGCAGUUGCAUGAUACUUGAAUUCUCCGACGAAGUUCUCGCGCAAUGGUCGGGAUUGAGCAUCCUAGACAUUUGCUCCGAUGACAAACUAAACCAAGACGCCAUGAUCCGCGGGGUCCUUGAAGGCUGGCACUUUAUAGAGGAUAGGGCGUAUUCGUGCCCGCUGUGGAAAAUUAUUAGCCAAAUUGAUGAGCGGAUCUUCAUACAAAGCGGGGUCCUCACACGUCUGACAAUGCUCAGCACCAUCCUCAAGAUGCUCGUGGCAAUGGUCUAUCAAAAUAAUUUUGAAGGGCUUCCGCCGUGGUAUCGACCAAGGCCUUCACAGCUUCACCUUCCGCACAACCCCACUGCGGACUAUUUCGCUUGGCCUGGCUUCCGCGAACGCCUAGUGUUCUCAAAUUGCGAGAUACUUACAGACAGAUUCUUCAAGUACUUUGCCUCCUGCUUCCGAUUAUCGUGGCCCCAUUCAAUCAGUAAUGCCUAUGAGAUUAACCCUGGGAAUGCAUUAUAUUCCUUUUCUGAGGCCUUCAGUCUGCACUUGGUAGACCUUUCGAAAUGGAAGAUGUGCAAGGCUUUCUUCUCUUUAUUUCCCGCCUUAGAAGAAGACAUGGCAUCCGAGAAUGUGACAUCACCUUCUUAUUUCACGCUUCCUCCUGAUAACCCACUACCCGUAUUGUCCAUUUAGUCCUUGACAGGAGGCUUUCGGCUUGUUUUCUGUUUUUAUGCUAUUUGGGCCGGCGCAAUAUGGUAUGUUUCACGGGGAUUGGAGCGUUUCAGUUUAUACACAGAUGUCC